ACAAAUAUACUAGUGUGAGCAGCAAUAUCAUCAGCUAACCAAAAUGAAGAUAUCUUUUGGUUUCGACACCAUUUUUGUUGUUAUGUCAUGUGCUUGGAUUGCAUAUGCUUCUGAUCCAAGCCAACUUGAAGAUUUCUGUGUUGCAGUUCCUGAUGCUAACUCUGCAGUGUUUGUGAACGGGAAGUUUUGCAAGGACCCCGACAUGGUGGUUGCGGAGGAUUUCCUCAAACAGGAUCUAAACAUUGCGGGAAACACAUCGAACCAGCUGGGAUCGGCUGUGACUCCAGUGAACGUUAACCAGCUUGCGGGGCUCAACACUCUAGGCGUUUCCCUGGCUCGCCUCGACUUUGCUCCUUACGGGAUCAACCCUCCCCACACCCACCCUCGUGCUACCGAAGCUUUCCUCUUGAUGGAAGGCACUCUAUAUGUCGGCUUCGUCACUUCCAACCCGGCCGAUCCCAACCAGAAGAACAAGCUCUUCACCAAGUACUUGAACCCCGGGGAUGUCUUUGUCUUCCCCCAGGGUCUUAUCCACUUCCAGUUCAACGUCGGCAAGACCAAUUCUGUAGCAUUUGCUGGAUUCGGCAGCCAGAAUCCGGGCACCAUAACCAUUGCCAAUGAUGUCUCCAGGUUGAGAAGAACAUUAUCGAUUACCUCCAGGCUCACUUCUGGUCUAACUAUAACUAAAACUUAA